AUGUCGAAUCCGAUCACAGGGGCAGCUUCCUCCGAACAGCUUUCUCGACGAACGAGCGAACGAGCGAUCCCACCAUACAUGGUUCGCUUCGGGGAUUAUUUCCACUGCACUGUGAAUGAAGCAGUGGAUGUGGUGGUGAUCCACCAUCACCCCACGAGCACAAUGUACGAAUACGACCCCUACGCCGUCCACGCCCCUGGCGACCAACACAUCAAACACGUCCCUCUGACCUCCCUCUCCAAACUAUCCCCCUACGCCGCCCUCACUCUCUCCAUCGUCCUUGUCAUCCUCUUCCUCCUAAAACAAUACAUCAUCGAAGCCUUCCUGCUCAAACGCCUCUACGGCUCCAGAUACACACAGCUCAAUGAGGUCAACCGAAGGGGCUUUGUGAACCAUCAUAUCGCUGGGGCGACGAAGUUGAUGAUAUUGGUGGCGGCGGUGUAUCCGUUCAUCAAUGUCGCGUUCCGGUAUGCGGUGCUGAACGACCCCUAUGCGAGAGGGAGUCGUGUCACGUUGGGGGACGUAUUGGUCGUUUGUACGCAGGUUCUGGUGGGCAUGUAUAUUUUCGAGUUGAUCUAUCGGGUUAAGAUUAGUCAUAUCAGCGCUAUGCAUCAUAUCGGGACCAUCAUGGUGGCGCAGGCAGCCAUUGCUAUCAGUCUGGAUUUGACGAGGGAGAAAGAUGCCAGUAUCGAGUUUAUUCUGUGUACCGUAUGGGGCGCCUUCGACAUCGUCUGCGAACUCCUCCCCCACAUCGCCAUCAUCCUCUACCGCCUCCACCCCAGCAGCCACCUCUUCCUCUCCCGCCUCUUCUGCUUCGCCUCCGCCACCACCCUCUUCGGCACCCUGGCCGAAACCCUCGUCAUCUUCUACCUCUUCGGCUCCCUCUGGCCCCAGUGGCAGCUCGCCUUCAAGAUCGUCACGCCCAUCCUGCACUGCGCCUUCAGCGCGACCCAGCUGCACGGCUGUCACAUCUUCUACCGCAUGUGGAAGCGACAGGUGGGGAUCUUGGAAGAGGAUGUAGACGGUUUGGAGGCCGGUCGGGCAGGGGGAGGCGGUCUGGAGGUCAAGGCGGAGGAUAGUUGCGCUACGUUGACGGAUGAGCGUGCGGGAGUGUUGGGGCAGAGUGUACUUCUGCCCCCUGAGGGCAAGACGACCGGAUAG